UUAUUAAACUGAAUUAUGAAUUAUUAUUGCCAAGUUUCAUGACCCAAAAUAUAACUUGUAAUAGGAAAUAUUUGAUCAAUAAUAACAGGUAAACUAAACAGUGUCAAUCAGUAAUUUGAUGACAGAUUUAGAAUAGAUUGGAUUGUUACUGGCUUGCUAUUUUACAUAAUAGAUUUCUUUAAUUAAUAGGUUAACUCAGGUCAUUAGGGAUUUCUGUUAUAACAUAUAGAGUACAUUAUGCUUAUUCCAGUUAAUGUAACAUUCAUUUGUGGCUACAUACUUGGUUUUUUUCUGUUUCUAUUGUUUAAAGUGUCUCUAGAAGUCCUAAUAAGUCAAGCUAUUCAAAAUAUACUAUCAAUUCGUGUUUUAUUGUUUACUAUCUACACAGCCAGACCUAAAUUCAAUUCACCAACAAUUAUUCGAGCAGUUAAUCGAUAAUCGGAAAGUUUAGUGUUUUCAUCAAUGUUCGUUCUUUAUUAACAUCAUCUUUGUAGUCUUCAUAGCCAUCACUAAAUCACUUGAUCUGUUUGAAAACUACUAUUUUCGUGAACAUUUCAUUUCUAUACACAGUUAUUACCAUAUUCUGGAUUUUGUGAAAUAUUUUUUUAGAUUUCAUCAUGAAAGGAUACAGCCCUCUCAGAGUUUUUUAUGGAACAGAUCAUGUAUUUACCUACUGAAGGCAAUAUGAAUAUAAACACGGGUCACGUUCAUACCAAAAUCUUCUGAAUUACUAGUUUAGCCGAGCAUUUUUAUGUACUUUUGGUCACAAUUAGUUUAAGAACAACUAAGUGUCUAUAGUUCAUUAUGAGAAUAAUACACAACACCUAGAGUUUGAUAUAAGUUGCAAAGUUAUUUCAUAAACAAGUCAUAUUGUUAAACUAACAAAGUAUCUUGAUAUUCGUUAAUUUUUAUCAACAUACAGUUCAAAUUUACUAUAAUCCUUCAUAUCAAACAUAUUGCAGUUUCCAACUGAAUUCACAGUCAGUUGUCACUGUUUAUGGGUGUAGUUGUUAUUGAUUGACUGAUGAGAAAUGACGUUGUUGAAUCGAAUGAACGAAAACAAUUAUUUAACAGCACAGAUAACAAUAAAUCACAAUAUAGAUUCAAUCGUUUCAAUGCCUUAGUUGAUAUCUUUUACUGAAUUAUUUAAAAAUUGCAUUCAUAGUUUUAUAUUCAUAAUAUUUACUAGUUGGUAGCAUAAUUAUUAUAAAUUCAUUAAACACAGGACAUUGUACGUACGACCCGUGUUUCAUGGAUAACUCAUUGAACAGUCAUAAGUGGAUAUAAUCAAACUACUUAUGUGUAUUUAUACUUAUAUAUACAGAAAUUGUCAUUCGAUUGAAGCCUUACUUCUCAUAGCAUUAAUGAAAAGUAAUUACGAUGCCAUUUUGUUUACUACAUAUAUUAAUGAGCUACGUUACUAAUGUAACAAUAUGUUGUGUAGAGUCGAUGACGAAUAUUUAUGAGCAUUACUAAAAGAGAAUAGACUAAAUAUAUUGAUCGUUACUGUUUGUUGAUAUGAGAAUUAUUCUUCAUAUACUUACCUAAUUGAUGGAUACUGACUAAGAAAGUAUUAUGUCAACUAAUUUUUUUAUUGACAAAGAAACAAAAUGUUCUUAGAUAUAUCGUUUUAACGGUUGAUAUAAUAGCUAUGAGAUGCCGAAAAUUUCCAUGCUUUUGCUUAAAAAAUUAUUAUUAUUCAUGCUAAUAUGGUUCAAUAUAAGCUACUAAAUAUAAAAAAGACCUUAAACUAAGAUUUCCAUCUCAUGUGUGGAUACUACUGAGGAGUCUCAAAACAGCUGAUAUCGAUCAUCAGAUUUUUCUGCUUUUCAAAUAACAAAAAGGUAUCCAUCUUAUGUUCGAUGCUUAUGUUUAAGAACAAAUAUGCAGAGCUGACUUUUUGAUUGGUGAACCCAAUUUUAAUUAAACUAUGAAAAAUCAAUAAGUCUCUCCCGAAGUUAAAGAUAUGACUGAUUAUUAGCUAUUAAUUUUGUUUAUCUCAGAGUAUUUUUAACCUAUUACUUACAAACAUCAGGCAACCAAAUAAUUUAGCCACUUAAACUGAGUCCAGGAUCACAUUUGCGUGUUUAUUAUACUAAACGUUGAUUGGUGCGUUUUUCGGGGAUUAUUUGGAUAGGUCAUUCAAUCGAUAAGAAUUCAUUCAGUGUGCCUCUAGAUUUUGUUGUCUCCCCUCCCCAUCCGAUAAAAUGAUCUACCAAUAAAUAAUAUGUCAGACCAAUGAAAUUGUCAUGUUUAUUAUUUAUAAGUCACUUUAUGGUCUUCAGAUUUAGCUAAAUUGCUUUUAUUAAUGGACCUAGAUUGUACAGCCAACUCCUCAGUUUCGGACUCUCAAUCAAAUGAACACACUGUCGGAUCUAGUCCAACAGAAUUAGGCUAUGAAAAUACUAUAGGAACACCGACAGGAGUGGAACAUUACUCCGAUCUAUAUGAUAACCGAUCAAAUAAAAUUGUGGCAGAAGACCCUAGAAAUAAUUUGGAGUCGUCAGUCAAUGAAAGUGGCUACAGUUCCUAUUGUAACUAUAGUUACAUAUCAACUGAAGAUGCAAUUACUAAACCUGAGGAAAGUGAACCUCAGUUUUGCGUUAAUGCAUGCCAUUCGAUUUAUACGAUUCCAUAUAUGCCAGAGAACUUAACAAACAACACUUGUCGUUAUGUAGAAUUUACAAGUGACAACAACGAGACAGUCAACGCAGUAGCAUCCAUAGUUAGUCAUGGUGUGAAUUCUUGCAGUUACAUCCCUGUUUCUAAUAUGAUUACUACUGUUAUCAAUCACAAUUUUACACCAACACUUACAAAUGAAUUCACCAAAAUCUUUAACUACCAGUGUGACACAAUAUCAACCCCAGAUAUAACAAGGAAGAAUGAUAAUCAAAGAAAUUUCAAAAGUGAUCCCGAUACAUUUUGGGUUAGUCAGCGUGAUGACAUUCAAAAGUCAGUUAGCAGAAGAACAGGUCAUCUAUCAAGUGAUAAACAAAAUGCAUUGGAUGGUUACGUAGACAAUGGAAACAUUCCUACUUCUACAGACCAACAACUUUUACAGCCACAAGCGUGUUUAAACAAUUAUCGUGUCAAAGAGGACGAAUCCAAAGAGUCGUAUAAUUCAAAUUUUCCUGAAUUUGCGUACAACUUAAUGAAUACACACUCUCAACAUUACACAACAAGCGAUUUUAUUAAUGCCAGUUCUCAAAAUUCCGUGAUAGACUGUAUCUCAUCAUAUCAAGAUAGUUCUCAGAAUUCUGAGAGCGUCAGUGGUUGUGUUAAAGGGCCAUCGUUUUAUUCGCAAACUCAUAACGUUUAUUGGCCCUGGGUCGACAGAUUUUACGCUGAAAAUUGCGCUUCGAAAUUAGGCUCAGUUUGUAAUUCGGAUGUUGCUACCAAGGGACUGAUGAACUACACAAAUUCAUUCUCUUGUAAUCCAAGCUUUGGUCAUUCCUACAAUUCACACUCUUUAUUCAUCAGUGGUGCUAAUCUCCCGUACAUCAGUGAAAAGCCAAACGAACUGUCUCAGUCUUCGAAACUUUCAGCAGUAAAUUUAUGUACAGGGGAAAAUAUGUCUGCUUUUCAUUCUAUUGCUCAAAUAUCGAGUGAUUACUCCGGAACAUCUGUGGUUGCCGGUAAUAUACCAAAUCUCAUUUUAAUGAACGCACAAAGCAGUGGUGAUUUUUCAGCUCAGUCUGCCGAUAAUCAUAAAGAAUCUCAAGAAGAUGAGAAUAGCUUUGAUCAUAGUGAAACGUCAUGGCAACCAGAACUGAAUUCUGUUCAAUGUUCAUCACGCAAAAGAUUGUCAGAUAAACAGAGAAAGACUAUAUGUGUUUCGAUUAUCAACGAAAAUCAAACGGAAGUUUCACAUACUCCUCAAGAUGAAAUUACCCAAAAUUCCUCCACAUCGUUUGAUAUUUCGAGCCUUCACCGAGAAAAUGAAAUUUGUUUAGACCAAUCAAUCUCUGGAAAUAGCUAUUCAUGGACGUCAAAAAGUGAUAAACUGAAAUUUAAUUCCCGCUUAAGAUCAAAAAGAUAUUCUGACGCGAUCAAUUUAACACGAAAUAGACCAUUAAAUCAAACUGCCUUGAGUGUGAUGGAAAGUUGGUAUACAAAUCAUGUAGAUAACCCGUAUCCUACAACAGCGGAGAAAGAAGAAUUAGCAGCACUUGGUGGAAUAACAGUCAUUCAAGUGAGUUCUUGGUUUGCCAAUCGCCGAACACGAACAGCAAACACCAAACCGAAGAAGAAUCGAAGAAAGUUGUAUCAUCAAAUUUAUCAACUAGCCGUUGAAAUUGAAGCAUUAACACAGGGAUCACUCCGAGCUUGUGAUUUACAAGAACGAAUUGGACAAAUUAUUGAUGAAUAUUUAACGUGAAUUUUCCAGCCUUACUAUUCAUAGCUUUUAGACACCGUUAAUUCUUGUUUAUAGUCAGUUUCUGCUAACUUUUUUGAAUCUCAGGUUCAUUUUUUGUUCUUGUUUAUUUAUACUUUACUUAUUUGGAAUUUUUUGUUUGUUUGUCAGAUGAUUCUUUUUCUUACUAAUACAGUUUUUUUUAUUGAA